AUGAUUAUCGACGGCGAAACGUACGCCUGCGAGGGCUGCAUCCGUGGCCACAGGACACGCAACUGCCAGCACAGCGACCGACCUCUUCAACACAUCAAGGCCAAGGGUCGUCCAGUAUCACAGUGCAACCACUGUCGCUCAGAGCGCAAGAACAGAUCCGCGCACGUCAAGUGCCAAUGUGGCAAACGAGCGUCCGAGGGAGGUUCAGACUGUGGUUGCUUUUCUGGUGGGAAAUGCAAGUGCGCAACCAAAAAGAGCCCGAAGCAGGCGCCGACGCAACUCGGCGACAUCUCAGAGACCUUGUCAGACCUGGCGUCGCCCGCGAGCACGCUGAACACGGCAAGCCCCGCGCAGCUAUCUACCAGCGGUGAUCUUCAAUGGUCAAAUGCUGCGACCCCGGCGUCUGAUUUUACGUCCCUCGAUGGUCUGGCGCAGUUUGACCCAAACUCGUGGCUCAACACCCCGCAGCUCGAUGCCGCGGCCGCCUUUGGUGGAAGCGCCGUGGACCAUUCGAGCGCCCUCGCGACGCUACCGACGACGGGGGCAGAGACUGGAUUUCAGUCCGCAAACUACCAACAGCAGUUCCCAAUGGGCGUGCCUGAUUUUGCAAACGUGAAUGAUUGGCCGGCCUUGGACGACGAAUCCGCAAAGCAAUUCCUCGCCAUGAUGGACCAUCCAGCAGGCAUGGACUUGACUGGCUUGGAUGCCAGCGCACUGAAUACAACGGGAGGAUUCAAUAUGGAUCCAACGUUUGGGCUGGACUUUUCGUCCUUGAACCAACAGCAGCCAUCUGCUCAACCUGUUACGGAGACAACAAACGGCGCAAAUUGCAACUCCAAGCGGGAAGGAGGAUGCGGGCCGUGCUGCGGGUAG